AAUGAUUUAUUUAAAAUGCGUAAAAUAGAUGGAUCACCACCCUCUUGAUCCGGGGCCCUUCGACCGACAGUUACUAUAUCUUCAGCCCGAGCAUAGGUCGCAACAUAUAUGGACAUCCGACCUGCAGCCUGAGUCUCAGGUCCGUACCCGGUUAGGGGACUCAGCAUGGGAGAUCUUAGAUGCUCGCCCACCACAUCCUCGUGUCCUGGAUAUACUACGUCGGGGCGGUAUCUACCGGUGCGUCGAAGUUGGUCGGGUACAGCACGAUAGGUCGCUAGUGACGGCAUUGAUUGAGAGGUGGCGACCGGAGACGCACACAUUUCAUGUCCGCACCGGUGAGGCUACCAUUACCCUUCAGGAUGUGGAGGUCAUUUAUGGGCUACAGGUUGAUGGACGCCCAUUGUAUAUUGAGGAGCCUCCUGUGCUGCCGCCUUACCGGGGUGAGUUGAUUAGGCUCACCGGUUUCGCGGCUCUGGAUGGUCAUAUUUCCGGCCAGAGUCGGCUUUUGUUGUCGGCCCUUUACGCUCACUUGCGCCUCACAGACAUGCAGCAUCCGAUUGGAGAGGACACGCCUCAGGCUGAUGUUGAUCGACGUGCGCGUCUAUACCUACUCAUCAUAUUAGGGGCCAUCCUAUUCCCGAACACUUCGGGUUCGCAUAUGAGCUUGAGGUAUCUUCGGUAUAUCGACGAUCUCGCCGAGAUAGGAUGUUAUAGUUGGGGCGCUGCUGUGCUGGCCUACAUGUAUCGAGGAUUAUGCCGAUGUUCUAUGGGCACGAGGGUAGAGGUCCCUGCAUUUUGCUCGCUUCUUCAGAUAUGGGUGUGGACUAGGUUGAGACCUUUUCAGCCCAUACCAGCUGACCCUCCCGCUGACUAUCUUACUGUCCCGAUGCCAUACGCGCGGAGAUGGUCGCGAGGCGUACGCCGACGUGUGGAGACGCACCACAGCCUUCUCCCGUUUAGGGAUCAUGCAGCAACUACCACAGAAGCCCUAAAAUCUGUGCGUGAAAGUUGA